UCAGACGGGGUUAGAGGCUGAGGUCAGCGCCUUUUCCAUUCCAAACACCCAGAAACAUCAGUGAGAAGGGAGGGGAUUCAGAUUACAACCUUCCCGUCCUCCCCUUCCAACCCUGCCCCACACGCACGCAGCGCCCGGACCCGCUGCCACUGCACGGCGAGCGCUGCCCGGCUGCGGGUGCCAGGGAUGCGCUGAGCCCCCCCGGCACGGGGACAUCGCAGCGGCCGAGGCGCUGCCGGGAGCCGCCGCUGCGACACGACGCCGUGCCCGGUGCCCUGAGAGCUCAGCGAUGGACCGAGGUGUGGGUCGGCAUCUCCGGAUAGACAGCGUGCACCCGGCGUGCUGAACCGCAGCGGUCUGGACAUCACCUCGUCCUCCUCCUUUCCGUCUUCCGACUUUCCUUUCGGUCUCCUUCCCACCGUCCAAUGUGAUCAGCCCCGAGCCUGGUGGCAAGGCGGGGGGGGGGCACACAGAUGCCUCGCAGGAGUUUCGACCGCCCAGGACCGCGGUCACGUCCUGGCGGGCAGCAGCUCGGUGGGGCUGAGCCCAUGCGCUCGGCUCUGCUCCUGCUGCUGCCCUUGCUGGCAGCCGCCGCCGGGCUGAGCCUACAGCAGGCCAGGAUGCGGCACCUGGGGGUGUGCCCCAACCAGCUGAACCCCAACCUGUGGGUGGAUGCUCAGAGCACCUGCGAGAGGGAGUGCCAGGCAGACCAGGACUGCGAGGGCUUUGAGAAGUGCUGCACCAACGUGUGCGGGCUGCGCAGCUGCGUGGCCGCGCGCUUUGCCGACGGCAGCCUGCUGGCACUGGAGCUGGGCCGCGGGCCGUCCUGCGAGAGCUUCGUGUGCGCCCAGCAGGGCUCCGACUGCGACAUCUGGGACGGGCAGCCGGUCUGCAAGUGCAAGGACCGCUGCGAGAAGGAGCCCAACUUCACCUGCGCCUCCGACGGCCUCACCUACUACAACAAGUGCUACAUGGACGCUGAGGCCUGCCUGCGUGGCACGCGCCUCACCACCGUGCCGUGCAAGCACAUCUUCACCUGGCCCGACACCAGCCCUGUGCCGCGCGAGACCACUGCCCGGCCCACCCCAGGAGCGGGCCCCGAGCCGCCGGUUCCUCCGGCGCUGUACAGCAACCCCUUCCACCAGUCGGUCCGCGCCGGUGGCACCGUCAGCUUCCGCUGCGACGUCAGCGGCCGCCCGCGGCCCGACAUCACCUGGGAGAAGCAGAGCGAGCGCGCCGAGAACUUCAUCAUGCGGCCGGACCAGAUGUACGGCAACGUGGUGGUCACCAACAUCGGGCAGCUGGUCAUCUACAACGCGCGCCACGAGGACGCCGGCAUCUACACCUGCACGGCCCGCAACGCCGCGGGGCUGCUGCGCGCCGACUUCCCGCUGUCGGUGCUGAAGCGUGAACCCGGGGCGGCCCCGCGGCCCGGCAGCCCCCAGCCCUUCCCCAGCGCCGAGUGCCUGAAGGAGCCGGACCGGCGGCGCUGUGAGGCCAUGGAGGUGCGCUGGCACUUCGAUGCCAAGCAGGGCUCCUGCGUCACCUUCCGCUACGGCGGCUGCGGGGCCAACAGGAACCACUUUGAGACGUACGAGGAGUGCCGCGCCGCCUGCGUGGGCAGCGCCCGGCCCACCUGCCUGCUGCCCAUGGUGCAGGGACCCUGCCAGAACUGGGAGCCGCGCUGGGCUUACAACUACAUCCUCAAGCAGUGCCACUCCUUCGUCUACGGCGGCUGCGAGGGCAACAACAACAACUUCGACAGCAAGGAGACGUGCGAGGACGUGUGCCCCUUCCCCAAGAGCCUGCAGUGCAAGGCGUGCCGCCUGAAGAGCAAGAUGGUGCUGAGCCUCUGCCGCAGCGACUUCGCCAUCGUGGGGCGGCUGAUGGAGAUCGUGGAGGACCAGGAUUCCGGCAUCGCCCGCUUCGCCCUCGAGGACGUCCUCAAGGACGAGAAGAUGGGCCUCAAGUUCUUCAAUAUCAAGUACCUGGAGGUGACGCUGAUCGACAUGGACUGGAGCUGCCCCUGCCCCAACAUGACGGCCGAGGACGGGCCGCUCAUCAUCAUGGGCGCCGUGCACGACGGCAUGGCCACGCUGGAUCCUGGCAGCUACGUGCGGGCUGCCAACGACAAGAGGGUGAAGAAAAUCUACGAGCUGAUGGAGAAGAAAACCUGCGACCUCCUCAACCGCUUCCAGGAUUAGGGCCGGGCCGUGUGGACACGGCCUGCAGAGCCCAGGGGGACCCGUUUGAACCCACAGCUUUUACUGAGCAACGAUCACCAUUCUGCAGCUCCAUCCCUGUAACUGCCACCCUGUGUACCCCCAGCCCAGACUGCAGCAAUAAAGAGCCGGGUGGGGUUGCAGAGGAGUCUGCCCAGACCUCCCCACCCCGUGAUACCCAUCCCACAGCACUGAAGCCCUCAGCAUCACCUGGUUCUGAUGGACCCCAAACCAUCACCCAGGCACUGUGGGUGCAGCACUGCAUGUGUGACACUGCUCCUUUCCUGCGUGGUGUGACAUGCCGUGCCCCCUGGCCACGAGGCGUGGUGUGUCACAGCCUGAGGAAGAUGAGGCUCUUGGUGUUGGCCAGCGUGUCAGCCUGAAAGCACCUGCAGGCUUGGGGGAGCAUUGCCAGCACGAGGAGCGCCUCCUGGAGCCCAGCACCCACCGUCUCUCUGGUUUCCACCAGCUGUUGCAGCAGCACUGCGACCCACAGACCACCAGCAGGGUUGCUGCAGGGGAGAGGGGGGCUGGUCAGAUAGAUGGAUGGACAGACAGAUGGGUGGAUGGACAGAUGUGCAGGCAGAAGCUUCAUCCUCAGGGCUCCCUAGUGCUGCCCUGUCUCCCAGAGCUGCCCUCAUCCUCCACUUUAGGACUCUUCUCAACUGCAUGCUGUGGGCAGUGUGUGUAGGAUGGGCAGUGCAUGUGGGGUUGGAAGGAUGGACGGACAGGGCCGCCAGCAGCUCCAGGCAGGCUGCUCAGACUCACAGGUCCCCAUGUCCCCCCCCCUCCCUUGAGGCUCCCGCCUCGAUUGAAGCCCACACAGCUCUGAGGGGAGAUGUGGCCUUCCUCAGUCUACAGCUGCCAGGACAUGAAGCCAGAGCUGCAGUCCAAGCCAUGGCUGCCUGCUGCCCCCCAGUCCCUCUCCCCAUCCCUGUUGCACAGGGGCCAAGCAAGAAGGGCCACAGCCCCUGAGGGGAACCUCUCCUCUGUGCCCUGCUCCUCCACAGUGCUUUGGGGGUGAUGCAGGAGUGCUGCUCCCCAGCCCACGGCACCCUUUCUGGUUCUGGGGCACAUGGCCAAAGCAGACCCUAUGCAGGGCUCACGGCACGCCCCGUAAUGCUGAUCCCUCCCCACUUGUGCCCACCUUUUUCCAUUGCACAGUCCCUGCUUGGGGAACAGCCCCACAUCAGCCCCAGGCAGGGAAUGCUCCCACACCCAGAGCCUCAGCUGCCAGCAGCAUCUCCCAGGUGGGAUCUCUGAUGUCUCAUAAUAAGGCUGUGCUUGCAACACCACCAUGGAGGGAUGGCAGCUCAGCAUUGCACAGGGCACCCCCAGCCCUGUCCCAGCGGGCUUCAGGAUCCUCAGCCCCAAAUAUGGGGAUACGGAGAGGGCCCUCAGCCUGCACACUGAACCUCUGCCCCAGCCCAGGGAUGACUUUUAUGGCGGGGCUCCUGUCGUGGUGAUGAGGAAGGACGCGGCUGUGCCUCACCACGGGCAGCUAUUUCUGCCCCUCUGCACCAGGCUGCUCCAAGGGCAAUAUUUCUUGGUGAGGAAUUCCUCCUCACUUAAGAGCCCGCGUUUAUUUUUGUUUCAUCAAUGGAAACUGAUCCCUUCCAGCUCAGUGCUGCAAUCCCUGGAAUGGACAUCUGGGUGCAACUUGGCCUGAGCACAUCGUGCAGCAGCCGGGAGGGGAGCAGGGCAAGAUGUAGGGCUGGGAGCAGGGCAUGGUGCUGGGCUGGGAGCAGGGCAAGAUGUAGGGCUGGGAGCAGGGAAUGGUGCUGGGCUGCACUGCGCAUCCCAUGGAGCAGCACUGCCUUUGCACAUGUGCUGUUAGUGAGAGGGCAGCCUCUGCUCUGCCAUUCGAUGGGUGCUGCAGUGCUGACAGUCGUUCCGCAGCAGAGCGAUGUGGCGCUAUGUGAGAGUGGAAUACUGUGGAUUUGGAUUUUUGUUUUUUUUUUUAAUAAAAGUAUCUAAGUGGAGAACCCAGGUAAUUUGGCUAUCUGGUUUGCAGCAAGGGGCAGAAUCCCAGAAUCAGAAUCCCAGAACGGUUUGGGUUGGAAGGGCCUUCACAACCCACCUGAUUCCAUGCCACUGUUCCCUCCCCAGCUCAGGCUGCCCAGGGUCCAUCCGUGACAGAUGUCCCCUCCACAGAUGCUCUGUGCAGUGGUGCCGGCA